AUGACCGAAACAGCUGUGGAUCGCAUCCGCUAUAAGAAAUUCUGGUCGUCAUUCUCGAAUGUUUGCGAUAAUACGGCGAUGAUGCUGAACAGCAGUGCAGAUGAUUUCGAGGAGGAAGAACGAGAAUAUAUUCUCUCGUGUUUGCCAGACCUACACGGCAAAGAUGUCGUCGAUAUCGGUGCUGGCAUAGGCCGUUUCACAACAAUGUUCGCACGUGCGGCUCGUCAUGUGCUAUCAUGUGAUUUUAUGGCGAGUUUCAUGCGUAAAAAUCAGGAACGAAAUGAACACUUCUCUAAUAUCACCUAUCAAGUUAUUGACGCAGUUCACUUGAAACUCAAACCAAAUAGCGUUGAUUUGGUGUUUACGAACUGGCUAUUGAUGUAUCUGAAUGAUGAGGAGGUGAUCGAGUUUCUCUUGAAUGUUCUCGAGUCGAUUCGACCGAACGGCUUCUUGCAUUUACGCGAAUCGUGCAGUCAACCAUCCACUGCCCACGCCAACAGUACAAUGCACACCACAACCGAAACGAACCCAACCAGCUACAGACACGUCUCUGAAUAUAUUCGACUACUCAAAAGUGUUCGAUGUCGACAAUCUGACGGCAAAGUUUAUCGUUUCGAAGUACAUUGGGCAUGCUCAGUACCAACGUAUAUUAUGGUGAGAAAUCAGAAAUUCGACUUCAUGUGA